GUAACUUUUCGACAAACACACCAUUUACGUAUUAUUUUAACAAUCUGAACUGAAAAAUAUUCCAGUUUAAUUUUUUCACGGUGUACCGAUCGGAUACGUUCGUUAAAUUGGAUCGCGUUCUAAUUAACGAAUGGUGAAAACGCCGGACCCCUUCACCGACUCGAAGGAACGCCAUUGUGAGCCGUAACGACUGUGCUGCAGGGUAAAUUUUAUCGGUCAUUUUCACGUACACGUUACUUGCCGGGAAAUUUCGUACCAAUAAUUCGCCGAUUUUCACAGACCUGUGAUAAAUAAAUAUAGAUCGGUCGGUUUAUUCGGUUCUUCGUUGUUUCGAUAGGAUUAUACGCGAUCGUGUGGCAAGAUUAACGCGAAAACCAGUGUUACGACGAGAAGCGCCAUUCUCCCAGUGGAACGUGGUAAAUUUGUACAUUGAGUCGUUCCGAAGCGUGGCACGUUGACGAACCGGCAUUCCGAUUUCCUUGAAACAAUACGAUAAAAUUGUAUUUUCGUAGAUCUCUCCUCGUCAUAUCAAGAAUUUAAGUAAACUCUUAAUCCGGUAAUACAUUGAAAUGGCCCAACAAGCUGAUAUUCCCACUUUCAAGUGCGUGCUCGUCGGUGACGGUGGUACCGGGAAAACGACGUUUGUCAAGCGGCACUUGACCGGUGAAUUCGAGAAGAAAUACGUGGCAACGUUAGGUGUCGAGGUGCACCCUCUAAUUUUCCACACGAAUCGUGGCCCGAUCCGUUUCAACGUUUGGGACACAGCCGGCCAAGAAAAGUUUGGUGGUUUGAGAGACGGGUAUUACAUUCAAGGACAAUGUGCCGUCAUUAUGUUUGAUGUUACAUCGAGGGUAACGUACAAAAAUGUACCCAACUGGCACAGGGAUUUAGUUCGUGUUUGUGAAAAUAUACCUAUUGUUCUUUGCGGGAACAAAGUUGACAUUAAGGAUAGGAAAGUAAAAGCCAAGAGCAUCGUCUUUCACAGAAAGAAGAAUCUUCAGUACUACGACAUCAGUGCAAAGAGCAACUACAAUUUUGAGAAACCUUUCCUCUGGUUGGGGCGUAAACUAAUCGGCGAUCCAAACCUCGAAUUUGUUGCAAUGCCAGCCCUCCUUCCGCCAGAAGUUACAAUGGAUCCACAGUGGCAGCAACAGAUAGAGAAGGAUCUUAAGGAAGCGCAGGAGACAGCGUUACCUGAGGACGAUGAAGAUCUUUAGUUUGCCACGUCCCGUGUACAAUGCGAACAGAGAGGACAAACCGUAUACGUACGCGUGCGUAUUGAGUACGUUACGUGCCUGUGCCUCUCCAUCAAAUCCAGAGAUUCUUUCUUGAAUAGAAUUAAUAAUGUACAAGAAUACUUCCGUUUCGUAUGUAACUGGCAAACGAUGGCAAAGAUACUUCGACGGCUUGGCGUUUCUCUAGUUUUGUCCUGGAAGUUGAACGAUAUCAGGAAUUGAACGUUACGUUUCCGCGCAUAUCAAGAUCCACGUGCGUGAGAAUUGAUUGGGCACGAUUUGUCUAAUUUCGUACGAGUAUCGUUGAAUUUGAUAAGAAUGAAUUUGAGAAAAAUGAUUGUCGUACGCAUUAGCCAACAUACACAUUGUCCCAUUGAUACUUUACGCAUGCUAGAUUAAAAGUCGUUCUUUCCUUUAUUUACAUAUUAAUCGAUAUUGGUAUGCGUGAUCGAUAUCGAUACUGGUAUGCGUGAGUACUACACGUAUGUUGUGUGAAACGAUGUAUUUAAUGUAACGAAUGCAUAACUUGUUGAUAAACCGAAUUGUCGAUCUGCUUCAUUGUACAGUCGGGUCAAAGCUGUCGGAUUGUUCUUGUUAAUUUUGUAAUAUCGUAAAUACCGAAAUAUUGUACGCGAAUCGUCUGUACCGGAAUGAAUGGACAUGCUGUUUCCUAGCGCAAAAGAAAUUAAUUCUGUGAGAAAGAAUCUUUCGAUACGAUCAAUACGCUAAUAUUAGAAAGCAACUGUUUACACACGCGUCUGCAUAUGCUCACGCGCGUACGCAUUCAUGUGUACACUACAUACGUGAAAUUUUGAGAAAUUCUCAAAGUAGUCCAAUCUUUACCAAUAAACGACACGUAAUCUUUGCUAAUACCUUACACACAGAAACACACACACACACGAUCAUCCGGCGAUAAACGAACGAGAGAAAGGAAGCGGCCUUAGAUGUGCAGCCGUUUUUACGAGUAUCUUCGAUUUUUCAAACACACGGCAUUGUAUGAAUUUUGAAAUAACGUUCGGCUUGAAGCGGAGCACGGUUUGUAGUCAGUUGCGUCCUGUCCAUGAUAACGAGGACUGUUUACUAUUUUUUAUUAGCGAAGGUGAAUGUACGAUUUGUUCAAUUUAAAUUAUAUAAACAGUGUUUUUCUUUUCUAUAUACAAACACGUUCGUUUGGUUAUAGAGGAGCGAACAAAGCGUUGCAUACGUUCCUUUCCACCCCCGCCCGCCCUCCCCAAUUCCUUUGUUCUAUUGCUAAUCGACUACACCUGAACGCAUCGAGUAACGUGUACGCAAACACCAUGGCACAACUACGGUUGUAAAAAUAACAGAAAUGAGAGGAGUACGAAGUAUCGGUGUCCCAUCUGCUGUUUGAAAAAACUUGUACCGUUGAUGUAUUGGACCUCAAUAAAUCAUCGUUGAACUGUU